AUGGUGCAGUAUGAAGUGACCGUGCUCACUGGUGAUCGCCUUAAUUCCACUACUCUUAACAAUGUCUUCAUUAAGCUGGUGGGCACAGAUGGGGAGAGUGAUCGCACGUGGCUCAUGGGCUUGAAAGGGGCUACAUCCUUCGUUAUAGGAGCCGAGGUUCAGUUCUCCUUCACCAAAAAUUCUGAGUUUUUCUUCACUGCUUCCACAGGACUGACUGAGCUGAAGCUGAAGGGACUGGAUAACUGUAAGAAGAAGUGGGAUAAUAUUGACAGCAUCAAUCGAGUGUUGUGCUGCAAAAAGACUGACAUAUCAGAAUAUGUUCAUGAACACUGGAAAGAGGAUGCUUUCUUCAACCCCAUGUUGAUUCAGCUUUGUACAGCCCUGCCCAGUAACUUCCCUGUCACUGAUGACAUGGUCUUUCCCCAUGGCCAGUGCAGCCUGGCAGGUGAAAUGAAGAAAGGGAACAUAUUCUUGUGUGACUACAAGCGUCUGGAUGGAGAAAAAAGCAAACACCAUCAACGGGAAGAAGCACUUCUCAAACCUCACACACGCUACUCACCGCAUGUCAACCUCUUAGCUCGAAGUCGUCUCAUAUCUGAGACUGGCAGUUUCACUCAGUUUGUAGUAUUGGGUGGAGAGGGCAUGGUUACCAUCCUGCAGAUGUCAGUGUCCUCAAUGACCUACAGCUCCCUCUGUAUGCCAGAUGACAUUGCUGAACGUGGCCUGGAGGCUGUGCUAAACUUCUACUACAGGGAUGAUGGACUAAAGAUUUGGGAUAUCAUCCACAGGGCGUGGUCUGUGCUGCCACCGGCUCUGCCACCAUUUGCCCCAGCUCCUUCCCUGGCCGGCUGGGUCCUUGGUCCUUAG